AUGUCCUCUGAAGGAAAGCCCAUGUCGAACGACGAGCGUUAUGCGCUGUUGCGUAGUGUAGGUGAGGAAUGCAUUCAGGAAAAUGAGCUGAGGAGUCUUAUUGAGAAGAAGUCAAACAUGCGGUGCUAUGAUGGGUUUGAGCCGUCAGGUCACAUGCACAUCGCACAGGGCAUUUUCAAGGCAUUGAAUGUUAACAAAUGCACGUCCUGCGGCUGCACGUUCGUUUUUUGGGUGGCUGACUGGUUUGCUCUGAUGAAUGAUAAGCUUGGUGCGGAUAUCGAGAAUAUCCGCACCGUCGGCAAGUACUUUGUUGAAGUGUGGAAGGCUGUUGGGAUGGACAUGUCUCGUGUGGAGUUCCUUUGGACCGGGGAGGAGAUCGCGAAGCAUGCGGAGGCUUAUUGGCGGCAGGUACUUGACAUCGGCCGGCGAAACACCAUCUCCCGCAUUAAAAAGUGCUGUACGAUCAUGGGAAAGGGCGAGGGGACGCUGACGUGUGCUCAGAUACUUUAUCCUCUCAUGCAGUGUACGGAUAUCUUCUUCCUGCGGGCCGACAUCUGCCAGCUCGGGCUGGAUCAGCGGAAGGUGAACAUGUUAGCCCGCGAGUACUGCGACCUUAUCGGAAGGAAGCAAAAACCUGUGAUCCUGUCGCACCAUAUGCUGUCUGGGUUGAAGCAGGGUCAGGCCAAAAUGAGCAAAAGUGACCCUGACAGCGCCAUCUUCGUCGAGGACAGCGUCGAGGAUGUCGAGCGGAAGGUGCGCCAGGCGUACUGCCCUCGCGUCGCACAGAAGACUGCUGAUGUCACAGAGGAUGGCUCACCGCAGAGGAAUGACAACACCAAUCCAAUUUUAGACUACUAUCAAUGUAUUAUUUUCGCAAAAACCGGCGCGACGACGACCAUAGAGGGACACACCUUUGCAACUUACACGGAGCUUGAGGACGCCUUUGUUAGCGGUAACAUCUCGGAAGAGCAGCUGAAGGAUGGCCUUGCUCGUGAGAUAAAUGUUCUUCUUGAGCCCAUACGUCAGCACUUCCAAAACGAUGCUAGUGCUCGUGAGCUGCUAGCUCAGGUUAGAGCCAUCGGAAAGGCUUGUAAUAAAGUCACAACGGUUCCACCACCUUCAAAGGCUGUUAGACGACCACACGCCUGCGUAUGGCUCCCCGCAGAGCUCAGGCUUACCUUGGAUGCCGCCAACAGCAUCCUCGACGCCACCCAUGCCUUUUUGCGUGACCACGAGGACACUACUGUAAGCGUAAUUCUUCCCGAGUGGUCGGCCUUCACGUCUGAUUGUAUCACUGGUGAUGAAAAGGAUAUCCAGGCGGUGCUGGCGUACAACGUGGAGCUUCUCAAAGUGUACGGCCUACCAUCCGUAGUAAAAGUGGUGCGAGAGAAAGAGCUUAUUCUCGCCAACAGUAAUGACUUCUGGGUUACCACCAUAAACGUGGGCCGUAAGAACUCUCUUGCCCACAUCGAGGAGCUCUACGGCGGCCUAAAUAACGCCGGGCAGGUCAUCGCCGCUUUGAUGCGGGUUGCGGUUGCGGUCCUCCUCGAGGCGACCCAUAUUAUCAACCUUUCGUGCGACGGCAAGUUAUCGGAGCUCUCCGAAACGUUUACCAAUGGGUCCGUGCAAUCAAUUCAGGCACCAGGGGGAGGCAUUCCUUUGCUUAGUGGCCCACUUAUCGCUUCCAAUUCGCAGCAGCAGCAGCCACUGAACACUGAGUCCCAGCUUUACCUUGACGACAACGAGAUGGACAUCCGACGCAAAAUCAAGAGGGCGUACUCCGCACCAAAUGAAUCCUGGAACCCUGUAAUCGCGAUCGCGUCGCGUAUUCUGUCCCAGUGCGGCACGGUAGACAUCACACGAGCCGAUGCCAAUGGCGGAAAUAUUUCUUACUCUACUGCGGAUGCACUGCAGGCGGAUUGCGGCAGUGGCGCACUUCACCCAGCUGACGUAAAGGCCGCAGUGAGGGACAAGUUACUGGAACUUACGGCAAGCGUACGUACUGCAUUAGCCACACCGCAGUUGAAGGACCUCACACAGGCGCUUAAAAAGGUUGAAAAUAAGCUUAAGAAAAAGUAG